UCCUUUAUGAUGAUAUUCAUAGAAUGUCAAGCUUUUUCUCCUAUUUUGCUUGUAAUCACAUUAGAAGGGCGGGAAAUACAGUGGCACAUUAUGCCGCUAGAUGGGAUCCGGGUAGUUCUAAUGAACGUGUUUGUAUGAGUUUAUUCCCCCAAAGCUUUCAAACUUUGGCGGACCUUGAUCUUUAAUAAUAAUAUUUUCCGCGGGUUUCAAAAAAAAAAAAAAAAAACGAACGUGUAACUAAUUUUUUUUUACAAAUAAUUAAUUAUAUUUUAUAAUAUAAAAUUGAAUUUGACCUAAAUCCAAAUCAAGCAUCCAAUAGACACCCAUAUCGUUCGUAAUUAUAAACAUACGUGGACUUGCUUAUUACCACUCACCACUCAUCUUGGCUAAAAUCAUUAGUUCCCAAAGCCAACCCAAUCCAUCAAAACCAGCAAACUCCCCGCCCAAAACCAAAAAAACUUCCCACAAAAUUUCAUAAAAAUGGAGUUACUCUGUCUUUUAGGCUCCAUCAUUUGGAAUUCCAUCAUCUCCUUUGCUCUUUCUCUCCUCCUCCCCUUCCGCCUCCUCCUCCGCCGCAUAUUACCUUCCGAUGACGACGGCAUCAUUCUUUACCAAGGUGUUGUUUGGCACGAACGCCGCCGUCCUGUCCACCACUCUUUUAAAUACAAUGUUCGUUAUGCGCUCAUUCAUCUUGAUGUCUCGCCUCUUUCUCCGUCUUCUAACCAUUUAUCGGCUGAUGAAGCUCGAAACCUUGCCGGGACUACUGGCCCCGUUUUUCUCUUAACAAUACCGCCUAGUGUGGGAUAUGAACAGAAUCCGUUGAGUUUAUACUAUUGCUAUGACCAAGAAAACUCUUCUACUAAUUUGAAGAAGUGUAUAGCUGAGGUAACUAAUACACCUUGGGGAGAAAGAGUUACAUUUGUUUUUAAUCCAAGCUCGGACGUGGUUGCAAAAGUAUUACAUGUUAGCCCUUUCAUGGACAUGCAAGGGAGUUGGAAAAUCAAGGCAACAGCACCUGGAAAUGAUUUGUCAGUUGUUAUCUCUGUUCAUCACCCGGAUCUGGGUGAACAUUUCUGUGCUGUAUUAAGAGCGCAACGAGUGAGUACCUCAAAGGUAGCUGACAAAUUAUUCUUCUUCUGGUUGAUGCCGCACAAAGUUGCAGUUUGGAUAUAUUGGCAUGCUCUUAAGCUUUGGUGGAAAAGUGUUUCAUUUGUCCAACAUCCUAGGUAUAAUAAUCCAGUUUAUAGAGAGGAAGCUGUAUCACGUGACAAGAAGUUAAAUUACUGCAAGGCAGGGGACUUUGAAACAAGUUUGUGCCCCAGAGGAGACACCAAUGUAAUAGAUCAUCAAUUUAGUUGGACAGAUGCAAAAUGGCCUUGGUCAUAACUGCUAAAAGGUGGGAAGGAUAGGCAACUAACUCAACCCUGUUUAGCCGAGUUGGAGGAGAGUGAAAGUGUGAAACUUUAUAAAAAGGAUAUUGGAGAUAAAUCUAGAAUCUAAAUCAUUGAAGACAUUUUUUGGACACCAUUAACAUAAGAAACUUGAUGAAAUGGCAUGUAGGUAUGAGCAAAAGUUGUAAGUUUUCAUGUACAUAGUAACUUUUGCUUGUAAUUCUAAACAUACUAUUUGGUCAGGUUUAUUUUAUAACUCUAAAUCUAACAAUUGUUUUGUUUUUACAUUUCCUUGGUAAAUACUCUUCAUUUCUA